AUGUCUACGUCACCUGCCCGCGAAGGCUCUGCGAAUGCGGGCUCGUCGAAUGGCAACUCGGACGAGAAACCGAGAUUGAGCGAACAUGAGAAGAAGGCUAACCAUAUUGCCUCUGAACAAAAGCGUAGACAGGCAAUUCGGGAAGGCUUCGAUCGUCUCACAGAGUUGGUCCCUGGUUUAGAGGGACAGGGGAGGAGUGAGAGCGUGGUGCUGAAGAAAACGGUCGAUUACAUAAAGGGGCAGUUGGAAGAGAGGAGAAGGUUGAUCCAGAAGAUUGAAGAAUUGGGUGGUCAGGUUGAGGAAGGGAUGAGGCGGACUUGA